AUGGAUCACAGUUGGAUGAGUAAGCCAAGACAGGAUACUGCAUAUCAAGAUGGUGUUGAGCAGUUUUUGAAUUUUGCUUACCGCGACAUUCCACGUGAUAGCGAGAUACUUUGUCCUUGCAAAAAAUGCAAAAACAGAUUAAACCAGAGUCAUGAUGAAGUCAGGACACAUUUGAGAUGUGAUGGUAUUAUUCAAGGUUAUACGACCAGGGUUCAUCAUGGAGAAAUGUAUGACAGUCCACCAUUAGCAUUUGUUGACGUUCCAAAUAACACUACAAAUUUGCCUACUUCGGGUGUCCCAAGGGCUGCUGCAGUACAAGAUGGCAUGCAAGAACUACUUCAAGCUGCCUUUUGCAGGGCUGAAAUGUUCGAAUCAGUACCAAGUAUGUCUGAAGGUGAAGUAGAUGAUGUUGAAUCAGGAUUUGCAGAUAUGGAACAUUCUGUAGCUGAGGAUGAGCAUCCUGCAGAUGACAAUGCUAAGGAGAGUGAACAGAAUCUAUAUGAAAGAUACUUGAUGGAUGCACACACAAGCUUAUAUCCUGGGUGUAAAUUUUCUAAGUUGUCAUUUUUGGUCAACUUAUAUCACUUAAAGUGCUUAAAUGGCUGGACACAAGAAUCAUUUACAGCACUUCUGGGUGUGCUAGCUGAUUCAUAUCCUCCUGAGGCAGACCUACCUAAGACAUAUUAUCAAGUGAAGAGAAUCAUCCGUGCUUUAGGCCUUGACUAUGUGAAAAUACAUGCUUGCCCCAAAGAUUGCAUGCUUUUCCGAGGAGAUGCAGCUAAGAAAGAUUUUUGUGAUGUGUGCAAGAGCUCUCGUUGGAAAGAUGCUAAGAAGAUUGGUUCUGCAGCUAAACCUAAGAAGAAAAAGAAAUCAGCAAAAGUGUUGCGUUAUUUUCCAUUGAUACCAAGGAUCCAAAGGUUAUUUUCAACUACCAAAACUUCAGAAGACAUGCAAUGGCAUGAUGUUGGACGUACGAAAGAUGGAAAACUGCGACAUCCAGCAGAUGGUGAAGCUUGGGAAGAUUUUAAUCGUAGAAAUCCUGAUUUUGCAGCCGAUGCUCGUAAUGUACGCCUUGGUCUUGCAAGUGAUGGAUUUAACCCUUUUCGGAAUACGAGUUCAAAGCAUAGUACAUGGCCUGUAAUGCUGGUUCCAUACAACUUGUCACCUUGGAUCUGCAUGAAGCAAACAUCUUUACUGUUGUCGAUGAUCAUUCCAGGAUCAGAUUCUCCAGGGAAUGAUGUUGAUAUAUACUUGCAGCCCUUGAUCGAUGAACUCUUAGAAUUAUGGAAAGGAGUGAAAACAUGUGAUGCCUCUUCUCGAAAGAAAUUUCCUCUCCGAGCUGCACUAUUGUGGACUAUAAAUGAUUUUCCUGCAUUAGCUUACCUGUAUGGCUGGAGCACCGGUGGUAAAUAUGCAUGCCCAUCAUGUGGUGCGGCAACAAAAUCAUUUCACCCGAAGAAUGGUAAAAAGAUGUGCUAUAUGGGACAUCGUAGAUGGCUCCCACAGAACCACAUAUAUCGAAGGCAAAAGAACCAGUUUGAUGGCACGACAGAUGUUGGACUUGCACCUGAAACAAUGAGUGGUACUUCUGUUUUGAGAAUGUUAGAAGGCAGAGUUUUUGCUUUAGGGAAAAAGGACCGCACAACAAAGAAUAAAAAGGACAAUAAAAAAGGAAAAAAGAAAGGAAAGCAAGAUGAAAGCCACCAGAAAUCCAAGCGUAAAAGAGGAGGACAAAAGAAACAGAAAGAUGGGAACAGUGGCAAGAAUAAGGAGAAGAAGCCAGAAGAUUGGUUGAAAAAGCGGUCAAUAUUCUUUGAGCUACCAUACUGGGAAAAGAACAAACUAAGGCACAAUCUAGAUGUGAUGCACUUAGAGAAAAAUCUAUGUGAAAACUUAAUUAGAACUUUAUUGGAUAUUCCUUCCAAAUCAAAGGAUGGUCUUAAAGCACGACUAGACUUAGUGGAACUUGGAAUUCGACACAAUCUUCAUCCUGUGGUAGAUAAAGGAAAGCAAACUGUGCCUGAUGCACCUUUUACCAUGUCUAGAGAAAAAAGGAGAUUUUUUGUUCAGCUUAAAGCGCUUGUGAAGAAUAGAGCUGACCCAGAAGGUUCGAUUGCUGAAGGAUAUUGCAUGGAGGAGUGCAUGACCUUCUGUUCUAGAUUUCUUGAUGGAAGUACUCGUUUUACCAGAGCAGCUAGAAACCCUGAACCUUCAGACAAUAUGAAAGACGUGUACUUGUUUGAGAGUGCUGGAGAACCAAUUGGAAAGGCUACUACUGUAAGCCAAUUUGAUAGCCAACUUCUUGUUCAGGCACAUCGAUACGUGUUGCGACACUGCGAUGAUCUUGAAGAAUUCCGCAAGUGUGUAAUAUAG